AUGCCUGCCCCGUCCAACUCAGUGAAAAAGGCGUGUAAGCCUAAGAAACACAAGAAGAUGAAUACAGCCCCGAAACUUUCACCCAGAGACCAUGCCCAUCUUCAAAAGAAGUCUGCGGAGAAGAAAACACAAUUCGGGAGGUCAGAGAAUACAAACAACAGCUACAGUGGGCAAGUAAAGCAAGGGCAAGAAUUUGUCACCCACUUUUCAAUGGAGCAAGCGGAGGCCAAGGAACUGUGGCAGGACAAUGGAGAAGAUGCUGUGUCGGGUGACAACGAUGAAGGCGACAGUUGCAACGUUGCCCCAGUGACGCUGGACCCCAAUUUCCACAAAGCCUUUGACGGGAAUCCAAUACAGUGUACUCCACUCGUGAUAUCGAUGUUCAUGACAUACAAGUGUUUUACAGAAAACAGGAAGGUGUCGACUGCUAUUGCAAUUCACACUGCGUUCCUGUGCCACUACAAUCAAAUGGCAAAUGACACCUAUCGUGGAUGCUGGAGAUUCAACGAGACAUGCCAGAGAUGGGAGGGAAACCCUACCCGCUCCGCAGAAGUCGAAGAUAUGCUCGAGGCCUGCAAAAACAAAGACGGUGAGGGUGAGCGGAAUCACUCUCGAGCGAUGUCCCUCGGAGACAUGCAAGCGAUGUUCGCAUACUCCAAAAAGACGUGCCCAGCAAAUCUUCCUGUAUCCAACCAGCAGACACUUGCCCUUCAAGCAAACCACCUAUUACAGAAGGCUUUCAAUAGUUUUUCCUGGUUGAUCUGGACUCGAGUGAAUGAAACCACAAGUGUUCAAGCCAAACACCUUGACUUCAACCCACCUCCACGCCCAGGAAAACCUCAUUUGCCAUAUAUCAAGAUCAAUCUGCGAAAUCGUAAGAACUGGCAAAAAAAGGCAAAGAAUGGAGAGAAUGGACUCAACAGUUCAGGACACACCUACAAUGUCUACCCCCAACCAAACAACCCCGCAAUCGAUCUGUACACACAUAUGUGGAAUUGGAAAGAGUUCUACGAAACCCACCUUCUUGGAAGGAAGCUCAAGCCCGAUGACUACAUAUUUCCGUCGCUGGGUGUGAACGGUUUGGUGGCACACCCCCACAUUCCCAUCUCGUCUGAUAUCGUCCAGAUUAGCAGGGAGGCCUGCUAUUUUCAUUAUUCUGGUGCCUUACCAUCCCGGCGGAAUUUGGGCAUUCCGGAAUUGACACCGGAAUGUUCCGCAGGAAUGGCAGGAAUGGAAUGCAACAGAAUCCGGUCAAUUGUUUGUUUAUUUUACUUUUGUUACCAAACAAAGGCAACGCUACCAAACAAAUGCAACACUCUUUCCUUUCCACCCACCAACCAUCCUCUUCCCCACCUCCAUUCCCUCCCACCAACCACGUUGACAACGGCGACAACGACGACGACACCACACGACCCAACAACAGCCACGACACACCACCAACGAAUGGUAACAACCACCAACGUGGCACCACCACCAUCCAUGAGCGCCCACCACCAACCAGAUGACAACGACGUGGCACCACCAGAGCACCGCCAUCAACCAACGGCGACCAGCGCCCACCACGAUUCACAAGCACCCACCACGACGACCAGGCGAAUGCGGCAAUGA